UGGAGCCGGUGUGGCCAGAGGGUUUUCAAUAGCGGGGUAGCAGGGCAACGAAAAUGGGCGGACUGGCAAUUCAGACUCGGUACGCAAACACUUGCUUGCUUGUGUACGAACAUGAAGCUCUUGGCUGAAUUGGAAUAGAUCAACUCUUAGAAACAGGAGCCGAUGUCUCUUCCCUCGCCUUCGAGUUGAAAAGAGUUCCGAGGUAUCUGGUACAGUAGGUAAAGAACCAACCCAUGAUGGCGAAAACCAAAUUGACCCCCGUACACUUCUUCUCCCAUGGCUCAACCAUGAUGCUAGGGGAGGAGUCUGGAUCAGCAGCAUACUGGGAAGAAUGUGGUGAUGAAGCGCUUGCCAACAACAUCAAAGGCGUCGUCAUAAUGGGAGCACACUGGGACUGCCUCUCCGACAAAGUCCAAGUAGCAACAAACCCAUCUCCCUCCAAGUCACCCGUCGCAUACGUCCACCCCUCAAAAUAUAUAGACUACAAACUAAAUCCCGAUCUCUCCACCGCAAAUCGCUGCAUCUCCAUGCUCCGCGCUGCCGGUUUCAACUGUGAGGGCAAUCCAACCUUCGACUGGAUCCACGAUACCUACUUGAUCCUAAUCCGAAUGUUCCCCAGCGGCUGCCCACCAACAACAAUAAUAUCAAUGAACGCCCGCUUCGACCCACAUUUCCACCUCAAGAUCGGCAGCACGCUUCGCUCUUUACGCGCGGAAAACUAUUUACUCAUCGGCUCCGGCGGCGCCGUUCACAACUUAUACAGGAACAAAUGGAGCUCCAUGUUGCGGUAUAGAGAUUCGUUCGCGCAGGAACAACCGCCGGAUAGAGAGAUGCUUGAGUUUCGGCAGGCGGUCCAGGAUGUGAUGGAGAAUAAUUCGGGACCGGAACUCAGGAGAGGCUUGACGAGGCUGAUGAAGCAUCCGCAGUUUCGGGAUGCGCAUGCGACGGAUGAUCAUUUUAUGAGUGCGUUGUUUGUUGCUGGCGCUGUCGGGGAUGAGGAGGAUAGGGGGGUAGGUGGGAGGUUGAUGGCUGAGACUUGGGAGCUGACGAAUAUGUGUAAUUCGCAGUAUACGGUUGGAGAGUGGGUGAGUGCUUAG